UACAUAGUGACACAGAUAACUGGUGCAGGUCAGUUCAUACAUAUUUAAUCGUCCAGUUGGCAAUAAUCUAGUGAUGUGCAUGACAAUGCAUUAUCAUUUGUAGAUACAUACAUAUUUCUUCAAUCUGAAUCUGUCUUCUUGCAAUCACGAUUAAAAAAUCCCAUCUCACAAUGGCCUCAAUUUCCUCGAUAUUUCGAAGUAAAACUUUUUUCUUAAUUUCAUCAAUUUUUGUAUCGUACUUUAUUCUACCACCUUGCUUCAUCUUCCUCGCGGCACCACUUUACAUUUACUACCGAACUGUGACAUUUCUCUCAAAGUGGAAAAAAGGGUUCUACGCACCUUUAACCCUUGAUGAUUUUCUGCACGUUAACGACGAUAUUCACGGACGACCAAGAUGUUCAAUUACUGGCGUAGUUUACUUGAAAGGCAGCCACACGUUUGAUGAAUUGGUAACAAAGCUGGAAAAAGUUGCUGUCAAGCAUCCUAAAUCAAUGUGUAUAAUUACGCGAUGGAUGUCGGUCAGGUUUUGGAAAAAAUGUGAAGAUUUCAAAAUCUCAAAUCACGUCUCUCUAAACGAAGCAUCAGAUCCAGAAAAGGUUUCACAAUUUUUGACCAGUCUGAUCGACAAAGGCUUCCCGGUCGGACAACCGCUUUGGGAGUUUAUAUCCCUGCCGAAUUAUGCGCAUGCGGAGUACGGAACUUCCUCCGCUAUAGCCAUGCGAGUGCAUCACACUCUGGGCGAUGGGUUAGCUUUCAUGGCCGUAAUUCGCGACCUGUGUGACGAAGAUCCCGCCGCUGAUGAAAAACUCAAAAAGAUGUUGAGCGCAAUAAGAAAAAAAAUGAAAUUAAGUUUCUGGAAAAAAAUUAGUUACGUUUUCCAAUUAAUAUUCGCCACCACGGCUCACGCGCUGUACCUUUGGAUGCAAGGUUUUAACUCCCCAUGCAUCCCGCCAAGUUCAAAUCACGAUCCGAACUUUGACCCUGAUGGACCGAUGCUGGUAAAUGUAUCGACUUUGAUUGAUCUGACAUUGUUGAAACGUAUCUCGAAGAAGACUGGGGCCAAUGUAACGUCCGUAGUCCACGCCGGAGUGGCGGGGGCUGUCAGAAGGACAAUUCUGGAGAGGGGUGGUGACCCUACGGGAGACUUGGUCUGUCUUUACGUCCUCCCGAAAUUAAACCAUCCAGGAACACUAUCGAACAAUGUGUUUCCCGUGCCUCUAUCCACCGCGAUGUCUGGAAAAGAUCGGUUUCAACGACUGGCGCAGAUUUCUAAGCAAUUGGAUCAGCUCUUCUACACCCCCCUGCCGAUCGGAAUGAUGCUAUGCAUAUACACGUAUGGAUUAUUGCUUGGUUCCAUCGGUCAGAUGAUGCCUGCGCCAAAUUAUUUCUCUUACUUCCACUCAAACGUUGCCUACUUUGGCGAGCCGAUGAGAAUGUUUGGAAAUGUAGUGGAGAGAUUUACCCUAGCCGGGGGGCUGCAGCGCGAGGUUCAUCCUCUCCUAGUCCUGACGGCAAGUUAUCAUGGAAAAUUGGGUCUGCAACUGGUCGGAGAUAAGAAAGUUUUUCCAGACGAGGAGAGUUUGAUGCGAGUUGCGAACUAUGUAAAGGAGGAGUUUGAAUCGAUGGAUGGAUAAUUUUGGACAUAAAGAGUCAAUACCGGAGUCCUCAAAUUAAAGGCAAUAGCAUACCUUUGUUGCAGAACAACAAUGAAAUAAAUAUGUACGAACCGUAUUCAUAAACAGUUUUAAGACGCAUGGAAAGUCAGACUUAAGUCUUAAAACAGAAAUCUUUAUGCGUUUUAAAACUUUCAUUCUUAAGCGACAACAUAUACGCAAAGUAACUCAUCAAAAUUCUGAGCUUCUUUACGUAAUUAUGCAACUCAUUUGUAAUUAUAAAUUGAAUUAAAGAUUGGUCCUCUUGAAGUUAA